AAAAAAUUCCCUAUUAAGUAUAUUCUAUUGCCAUCUAUCUACAUUAUUUAAAUGUGCAUUUUGUUUUGAAAAUAUAUUUCUAACCUAUAUACAAUUUAAAAAUGGCUAAUAGAACAGUAAAAGAUGCGAAAUCUAUUAGAGGUACAAAUCCACAAUAUUUAGUAGAAAAAAUAAUUAGAUCUCGAGUAUAUGAUUCAAAAUAUUGGAAAGAAGAAUGCUUUGCUUUAACUGCAGAACUUUUGGUUGAUAAAGCUAUGGAAUUGAGGUACAUAGGUGGUGUAUAUGGUGGAAAUGUAAAACCAACACCGUUUCUUUGUUUAAUAUUAAAAAUGUUACAAAUACAACCUGAAAAAGAUAUCAUAGUAGAAUUUAUAAAAAAUGAAGAAUUUAAAUAUGUUCGUGCUCUGGGAGCUUUGUACAUGAGAUUGACAGGAUCUUCUUUAGAUUGUUAUAAAUAUUUGGAACCAUUAUUUAAUGACAAUAGAAAGUUAAGAAGACAAAAUAAGCAAGGUAAAUUUGAAUUGAUCCAUAUGGAUGAAUUUAUAGAUGAUCUUCUUAGAGAAGAAAGAUGUUGUGAUGUAAUUCUACCAAGAAUACAAAAAAGACAUGUUCUUGAAGAAAAUAAUGAAUUAGAAGCAAAAAUAUCUGCAUUAGAAGAUGAUAUGGAUGAAGGAAUAGAGUCUUCAGAAGAUGAAGAUAUACCUCCAGUUAAAGAAGAAACUCGUAAAAGAACAGAUGAUCAUGAUAGGGAUAGAGAUCGUCAUAGAGAUAGAGAUAAAAGACAUUCACGUUCUGAUAAAAAAUCUGAUAGAGAAAAACAGAGAUCGAGAAGUAGAGACAGAGAUAGAGAUAGACGAGAACGUAAACGAAGUAAAUCUCCCAAAAGUCAUUCUUCGCAUAAAGAUAAAGAUAGAGACAAAGAUCGACAUAGACGAGAUGAUAGAGAUAGAGAAAGAGAUAGAGAUCGAGAACGAAGACGAGAACGUGAUAGAGCUAGGCAUUGAAUUGAAAUAUUAAGAUAUGAAAAAUAUUGUACAGAAUAUGAGAAUUGAUUUUUAUAACUACCACGUAAAUAAAAAACAAAAUGAUA